GCGCCGCAGUGUUGCGGUCGGUGUUAAUUCCCCAGCCCGAGGGAAGCGCUUGGGCGGGAGCGGCCUGAGCUCGAGUCCGGGCCUCGGAACAGGAGCGAGUGAUUGAGAAGCGACCGUUAGCGAGUCUUUCCCCCCCCCUCCCCCCCGGCGGAAGGAGAGCGCGACCGGAGGCCGGUGCGGGAGGGAGUGCCCUCCGUCUGUCACCAUGACAUCCCGAAGGUGGUUUCACCCCAAUAUCACUGGAGUGGAGGCAGAGAACUUGCUGCUAACCAGAGGGGUGGAUGGGAGUUUCUUGGCCCGACCAAGUAAGAGCAAUCCCGGUGACUUCACGCUUUCAGUGAGGCGAAAUGGAGCAGUUACACACAUUAAAAUUCAGAAUACGGGUGAUUACUACGAUUUGUAUGGAGGGGAGAAGUUUGCUACACUGGCUGAGCUGGUGCAGUACUACAUGGAGCACCAUGGGCAGCUCAAGGAGAAGAAUGGCGAUGUCAUUGAACUGAAAUACCCGCUGAACUGUGCCGAUCCUACCUCUGAGAGGUGGUUCCAUGGACACCUCUCGGGAAAAGAGGCAGAGAAGCUGCUUACAGAGAAAGGGAAGCCUGGAAGUUUCCUUGUGCGAGAGAGCCAAAGCCACCCAGGAGACUUUGUUCUAUCUGUGAGGACUGGUGAUGACAAAGGAGAGAGCAGUGAGGGGAAACCGAAAGUCACUCAUGUAAUGAUCCGAUGCCAGGAUGGGAAAUACGAUGUUGGUGGAGGGGAAAAGUUUGAUUCCUUGACGGACCUGGUGGAGCACUACAAAAAGAACCCGAUGGUGGAAACCUUGGGCACUGUCUUGCAGCUCAAACAGCCACUAAACACAACACGAAUUAAUGCAGCCGAAAUUGAAAGCCGUGUGAGGGAACUGAGCAAACCAGCUGAGAUGAUGGAUAAGGUGAAGCAAGGAUUCUGGGAAGAGUUUGAGACACUACAACAGCAAGAGUGUAAGCUUCUCUAUAGUCGAAAGGAAGGACAGCGGUCAGAAAACAAAAACAAGAAUCGCUACAAGAAUAUCCUGCCCUUUGAUCACACUCGAGUAGUCCUACAUGAUGGAGAUGUGAAUGAAUCUGGUUCUGAUUACAUCAAUGCCAACUUCAUUACGCAUGACAUUGAAAGCAAUCGAACCACCACAAAGACAAAGAAGAGCUACAUUGCCACGCAGGGCUGUCUGCAGAACACGGUGAAUGACUUCUGGAGGAUGGUUUUUCAAGAAAACUCGAGUGUAAUUGUCAUGACUACAAAAGAAGUGGAACGAGGAAAAAGCAAAUGUGUGAAAUACUGGCCAGAUGAAAUGUCCUUGAAGGAAUAUGGAGGUAUGCGUGUCAGGAAUGUUCGAGAGAGCCCAGCCCAUGAUUAUAUCUUAAGGGAGCUCAAACUUUCUAAAGUAGGACAGGGGAGCACUGAAAGGACUGUGUGGCAAUAUCAUUUCAAAACAUGGCCAGAUCAUGGUGUUCCCAGUGAUCCGGGUGGUGUCCUGGAUUUUCUGGAAGAAGUAAAUAUCAAACAGGAGAACAUCCCAGAAACGGGGCCAAUCGUUGUUCACUGCAGUGCAGGGAUUGGGCGUACAGGAACCUUUAUAGUGAUCGACAUCCUAAUCGACAUCAUCAGGGAGAAAGGUGUGGACUGCGACAUCGAUGUUCCAAAGAGUAUUCAGAUGGUGCGGUCACAGCGUUCUGGGAUGGUUCAGACAGAGGCUCAGUACAGAUUCAUUUACAUGGCUGUUCAGCACUAUAUUGAAACACUGCAGCGUCGGAUCGAAGAGGAACAGAAAAGCAAGAUAAAAGGCCGUGAAUACACAAACAUCAAAUAUUCCUUAUCAGACCUGACGUGUGGAGGAGAUCAGAGUCCUUUCCCACCCUGCACACCCAAUCCAGCAUGUACAGAAAUGAAAGAUGAGGGUGGCCGGAUCUAUGAAAAUGUUGGCUUAAUGCAGGCGCAAAAGGGCCAUAGAUGAGAUAAUGCCAGUGUUCGGAACAGAAUAGAAAGGAACAAGUGAGGUGGCUGUGAAAAGCAGAGGUGAAAUGAAAACACGUCAGGAGUGAGCAGAAUGAAAAAUGACCGUCGAAGGCUUAGUUCAGAGCAUUGUGGAAUUUAUUUUCUUCCCCUCCCGCCCCUUUCCCAUUUAAACACUAAAAGUGAAUGGUAAUCACCCUCAUUUGUCUCCAAACAAUAUUCUCUGUGCUAGAAAAUGAAGCAUCACCCAUACUUCAUCAUGCAUCAUUGACAUUGCUUUUCAGUAUUUUACUGACGUGAAACCCAAGUGCCUUUUUACAGUCACAGCCUCUCUGCAGUCAUUUUUACUUCAUGUACUUGAACUCAUUUUAAUUCUUUGUUAAAUACAAAAUAGUUAAAAACCCAGUGAGGGUGAAUAGAAAAUCAUACAUUAAUGUGGAUCUUGAAAGAAUAGUUUGCUUUUAGCAACAUGUCCUGUAACAUUGACGUAGACCAUGAGAGUGUUAUGUGUUGUACAUUUGGCUUUCCUUGUUUUUAUUAAUAGCUUAAAAAGAGGGAUUGUUGGAAUUUGCACAUGGGAUUUCCCUCUCUUUCCUCCUCUCCCUGUUAAGUUGUUGGAAGUAUCGAGGCUUUUUAAAACUUUAAACUCUCAUCUUUGUAAGAAAGCGAUUCACUGGUCUUAGCCUCGCUGUUAGGGUUGAUAAUGUGUUGGAGAUUAGACGUGUGCUAUCCCACACGAUGUGUAUUGUUUCAUAGCAAACAUUUUAAAAAUUAAUUUUCAUUCUGUGCCAACAAGAUUGUUCUCCCUGGUAAUAAUGAGAAGUCAGCAGCCUCAGUCCAGUUGAGCUCUGAUGAACGUAGGACCUGCUCACCAGGGAACUUGACACUCGGAUAGGAUUUAGGGUUCCAUUUGUAUCCCUCAAAGCCACAGCUAUAGACGACCAAUUUGACUGUCUUUGCCCUGUAACAGUUCACUCCUUUAGUACUUGGAGUAAGGCAAACUGUAGGCCUGGGAUAGUCAAAGGUGUGCCAAUCUCCUAUAAAAGAUCUUGAGCCAGAAACAAGUGAUCUUCCUCCACCGUGCCUAUAAAAUUCGAUGUCUGCCUACAUGCUCCCACCUCCAAACCUGAACCCCAUGCUACCCCACAGCUCUGUUUUCCUGAGGUUUUUUUCCAUACGGUUUAGGUUACAAAAAGUGCAUGUUCGACAUCAGAGUCAUAAAAAGGCAUGUGUACUGUUUUGGUUCAAACAUACAUGUAAAUUUAGAUGUUAUUUUCUGUGUACUUUUAUAUGAAAUGCUCUACUUUUAAAUCCUCCAUGGAGCACAAAUUAAUAUAUAUUCAACAGCAGGUUGAAUUCCUAGUAUGCAAGGAGACAAUGGAUUAGGUAGAUGCACUUUGGAAACUAAAUCCCUUGAGGACAGCACAACUUUGCUUGGUAUUUUCUUGAAACUUGGCAAAGGCAAGGUUCAGCUUCUGUAGGUUUUCCCUCUCUGGUAGCCUGCACACAACAUAAGAAAUAGGAGCAGGAGUAGGCCAUUUGGCCCCUCAAGCCUGCCCCACCAUUCAGUAAGAUCACGGCUGAUCUGCCCCAGGCCUCAACUCCUUUUUUGUGCCAACCCCUCAUAGCCCUCAACUCCCCGAUAUUUCAAAAAUACCUCUUCUUUAAAUACUUCCAGGCAUCUAGCCUCCAUAACUCUCUGGGGUUACUGGAGUUACUAAAGAGGUCCACCAGAGUUCAAUGUGCAGUCCAAAUACAAGAGAGAAAAAUCAACACACCAUUUUGUCCCAUUUCAGGAGAAGUGAGGGAUGAUAUCAGUGAAGAGGAGUAGGUCAUCGGCCUGGGCCUCUGCACAUCCAUUCCUUGCAACACUGACCUUAUCCCAAGUUACAAAUGUGCAAGGGUGUGCAUCCCUGACAAAAGCUAUCCUGGAUCUCCUGUAACCAUGUUUGGGCAGAAGUGAUUCUGCCUUCCCUUAUUUCCCUGCUGCCCCUUCCCUCUUUUCAUGAACAGAACUUUCUUCUAGAACCAUAUGCAUGUGUAGGAAAAUGCCAUAUCCCAGACACAACAGAAGCUUCUGAAAAAAAAACAAUGCUGAAGAUACUCAGCAGGUCUGACAGCAUCUGUAGAGGGAGAAACAGAGUCAAAUAUGACUCAGAAGCUUCUGAAGCAAUUUUAAGGUUUUAAAAUGAAUGGAAAAAUGGUAGUGGGGGUAACCUACUUGAUUAGACCAUGUUAAAUCUGACAUAACUCAAGUAGCCUUGAGGGAACAGGUGAUGCCUUGUAAGAGAACAUUUGGACUUUCUCCAGGAUUAAAUGGGCAUUGUGAAAACUGCUGUGUCCACUGUAACGGUGCAGACGCUUAACUGUCUGUAAACCACUACAGGAGCCAUUGUUUGGCCUGGGCUUAAAAAAGGAUCAGGAACAGACUCAGGCACAUGAUUAAGUAGUGUCUCAAGACAGUGGUGUGUAAGCAGAAAUUUCCAACGUGCAAAUGAUACUUUUGAACCACAGUACAAGUGUUUUAGUCUAUGUGCCAAAUCUAUGGGGUAAAUUGACGGGACAUGCAAGCUCUGCUGCACCCACCCUGCCCCCUGCUGGCAGCGUUUUGCAGGUAGCUUGCCCCUAGUGAUGCUUGUGACUCGAAUAGUCGUCUUGUGAAGCUGCAACUAAAUACGUUGAGGAUAUCAAAAGAAUUUUACAAUUUGAAAUGGGAAUCUGAAUGUUAAACAUCUGCAGAAAACUCAGCUGAGUCAAUUUUCCUUAAAGCAGUUGAUGUGAAACUAUUUAGAUAUCUAAAAUGUGACCAUGAAUUCUAUUGUAUUCACUGACCGGAGUUGUUUGGAGGAUCUUAUGCUUGAAUCAGGAUUUUGUAAUUUUGUGUUGUUAUGAGUCCUUUAUGUCCUCCUGCCCUCCAAGCUCCACGCCACCUGUAACUGAUUCGCCUGAGGGUGGGUUGUGACCUGCUCCCAGGCCUCUACCAUUAGCCAAGCUGUGAGCAGCCACAUGAAGCACCCCAGCAAUAAGCAUCUUUCCUCCGUAUGGCCAUUGCUUCCUGCCCUCCAUGUGGAGGAUCCUGGCCUCUGCUCAGUUUCCUUGCGCUAAAAUGUCAGACGUCAGGAAGUCCUGGCCUCGGAAUGAACCUAAUUGCCCAGUUGCUCCAUGUUGAUGCCCUAACGCACGCCACCGUUACAUAGCUACUUCAUGUUUUAUGGUUGAGCAUUGAUUGAGGAGUCUUCAUUCGUUUGGAAUUCUGCACUCAGUUCAUGAAUGUGUUUACCUGAAGCUGACUAUCUCAUUAAUGAGCUUUCAACUUCACAACACUUAAACUCAAUAGUUAAUAUAAAAAGAAGCUGGGGGGGAGAGGGGGAAUUUACUUUAGAAAGUCUUGGAUGUAACCAGUUGGCCUUUUAAUGUGAAUUGAAUUGCUCUAAUGCUUCAGAUUAUUACAUGGGCUGUUUAUUCACCUGCAGAAUCACAAAUUGAAUAAAUAAUUGUAGAUGAUCAAGAAUAAUGGUGCAAUGACUAUAAAUGACAUCUGCUUUUUAUUAUCCAUCCAGUAAUUUCACAUUUUGUCAAAGUACAUACCAUUCAGAUGUCUAGUUUAUGUACAGACACAGUAAAUGAUUUUCCUAUAUUUAUAAAAGUAUAUAUGGGUGGUAGUCGAUUUCUUUUUUUGCUAGUCAUGCUGUGAUUUUAAAGCUACAUAAGCUGAUAUCAGAGUAUAAAUGUAUUUGUAAUGUAUCAGAUCUAAAAUUAGAAAUAAAGUCAUUUUAUAUAA